AUGAUGGAUGUCAACUUUUCAAAAUUCCACCAAUUAACCUACCAACACAAUUCAAAAAUGUACAAACGUGCAUGCGACGACUACUGUUACGGUAAUGAUACGAUCGAUUACCGCCAUGAUCACGUGAAAGUUAGCAACUACUAUAAUAGUAUAAAAUACGAAGAUAUUCAAAAGGAAGUGCAAAAUUACGGUCCAGUUUCUGCAGUAGGUUUCUUGCUUUAUGAUGACCAUUUUUUCUUUACAAAAGUGGUGUUUAUGAAGUAA